AUGAGUGUCGUGGGCGACAAAUUAGAGAGUGAUGACGUCACACUCCGCCUCGAUGAAUACAUGUUACUGGGGGGUGUUUGCCUAUUAACAACCCAAGUGGAGUCCAGAUGUCAGGUCGUCCCUGGUUUAGAAGGAAUACCAACAGGGUACAGUCAUUUGUCGUAUCAGCCCCUAACGACACGAUUACAGAAUCCAGGACGUGGUUGGUCCGAGGAGUAUUCUAUCAGCGCAACUAAUUUCGAUCCUGUUCAGCUAAUCCAACUGGACUCACUGCGUCUCACUACUGGCAGCACUUUAGUACAUCGGCAUUACACCCUUGAAGACUUCAAAACUACACCAAUAUCUCCCAACUUUUUAGAGAGAGUAGAGAAGGAUUUUGCGACCAUCAGAGAGGCCGGUUUUAUGGUUGUCCUGAGAUUUAGUUACAAGAAAGGACUGAUGGGAGAGGGACAAUAUGGCGACGCCACCAAGGAUAUCAUGAAAGUUCACAUUUCCCAGCUGAAGCCGCUAUUCUGGAACUAUCGUGGUAUCAUAUUAGCCGUUCAAGCAGGCUUUAUCGGAACAUGGGGCGAAUGGUAUUAUACAGAUCAUUUCGGAUACCCUCCACCUUUGAACUCUGACAACUACAAAGAUCGUCGUGAAAUUGUUGAAAGCUUACUUGAUGCUGUUCCAGAUGAUCUUCAAAUUCAGCUCCGAGCACCAGUAUUUAAACGUGAGAUGUAUAGCUAUCAACCUACUUCCAUCGUUGACCUGUUGCAAUACAACAGAAAGCGAAACGUGAAAUCACGUAUAGGUCACCAUAACGACUGCUUCCUGGCCGAUUCCACAGACCGCGGCACAUACUCCAAUUUCAACGUUGAGUUUAACUACAUGCGAGAGGACACGACACAUGUUAUCAUGGGCGGCGAGACAUGCGCAUUAGAUAAUGAGAGAGGCAGACAUGUUUGCUCAAAUGCUGAACAAGAACUUGAGGCACUCCACUUCACCUUCCUAUCUCAAUCCUACCAUAAGGCAGUCCUUUCAAACUGGACAACAGACGGUUGUUAUGAUUUAUUCGCAGCUAAGCUGGGAUACACAAUGGCUCUUGUAGAGAGUGUUCUGCCCGAUACUGUUGUUCGUGGAGGAGAGUUUUCUUAUUACAUAUUAUUGAGAAACAAUGGAUAUGCGGCACCUGCCAAAGAUAUGAACGUGUACCUUGUUCUCAUGUCGUCCACAAACGGUAUCUACAAGGUUCCCCUAGAAACUAACACUCGAUUGUGGAUACCAAACAAAGACAUUGUUCUCCGAGGAAGCGUCGAGGUUCCCCGCUCAGUAACCCCCGCCUCUUACCAGAUGUGGAUGGCUAUUGGUGACAAACAACUAACUGAGGAGUCCGACUACUACGUCCUCUUGGCCAACAAUAUGGUUCCAUCUCCAGACAUGGGUCUUAACAAUCUGACUCAUCCCAUCACCGUGGUAGAGGGAACGCCAGUGGUAACUUCAAAUUGUCCAUCCUUCGAGCCAUGGAAUCCACCACAGUUCGCUCGUCACCCUAGAAUCUUGGAAAGCAACGCUUGUUUGAAAACGAGAGUAUUAAAUCACGAUUUCGAAGACUCAACCUCGUGGUCAGGACUUUGGAACGGUUUCCACUACCGUCAAGACGCCGCGCAAGCUUACAGUGGAAGCGGGUAUAUCGAGGUGGUAGACACACCUGAGGGAGGUGGUUCCUACCAAGCAUUUACCUUCUUUGACAAACCGACAGUUAAUCUAACAAGAAUGGCAAUAAAAGCCUGGGGAAAACAUAGCGGAUCUGUAGGCAUGGGCAGUACCAAUUUCAGUUUAUACUGUGACGUCACGUUACAAGACGAAUCUGGAACAUAUGGAUUAAACAGGCCAUUCUUAGGUGGACAACAGGGAACUACCUGGAACAGUGUUAUAGUUACAAUUGAUCAACCUAAGGGAAUCCGGGCAGUAACAUGUUACCUUCUAUACAAGGGAUAUAAUGGAGGUUCAGCAUACUUUGACAAGGUGGACGUUUGGCUUCUCUCUGGAACCACCGGGUUCGAAGAAUGUCAAUACACAUAA